AAUUUAUUAUAUCUCAUUUUCAUAAUUUUCCAGUGACGUCGAAGAGAACGCUCUGGAUUAUUGGAAUGACUUUUGGGACUAUAUUUGUAAUAACAAGAAUUAUGGGGAGUAUGAAUGGAUCGGGGAUGAUUAUUUAUUACAGACAGCGUUGUCCAGAGCAACCAGACCACUAUUCUUAUAAGAACAACUUAUUGGAUGUGCCAUCAAAAUACGAGUUCAGUUAUCCACUUGGAGGGAUGACAUUCACCAAUGAUGGUUUCGGACGGUUCAUCCUGAGAAAUGUCACAACGUCAUUAAUCUAUGCAUUUUCUCCUAUGGUAGAUGAACGAGCCCGUAAGUUUUAUCUUGUAGGGGCCAGGGAUCUAAUAAUCAACGUGAAUCAACCGACCAUAACGUGGCACAAGAACCACCUGGUCACUGUCAUGCGCUUCUGGAUAAAUAAUGCCAUCUUUACACUGGGCGAUAGUAAACGGUCGGGGAACAAGUUUUCUGAUAACCACCUGUAUGUUCAGAGAUUCAACAGAACUAUGGGACCGCUUGAUGUUGGUUCUUUGGUUGGAAUGGUUGGUCCAAAGCAUAACAUUGGAGAUGGCCCCAUUAGUCCAAGACUUUUCGUAUUCAAUGAAAAAUUGUAUCUAUGUUUUACUUUAAAGUACCAAACAAAUACCAAAACAUAUGUGAAUGGUUUGUUUCUAUGGGACUUUGAAGAGCACGCUGUCAUAAAACCUACAUUUAAAGGGCUCCGUCGAUUAAAACGUUCACCGAAAGAUAAACAUUGGAUACCUUUAAUUAGCAAAGGAGAGUUGUAUUUCGUAUACAGUUUUGAUCCUUUACGUGUAUUUCGAUGCAAACUACAAGGAAGAAAGUGUACAUGUGGCUUUGUUGUAUUUGAGGGAGACACACGCAAAUCCUCAGUCAACAAGGACUAUAUACAAGGCGGUACUCCGUUUGUUCAUUACAAAGAUUCCUAUCAAAUAUCAAUCGCGUAUAGUACCUUCUUGAAAAAAACAUCAAUGAAAACAUAUUUUACAGCCAACUUAGUUAUCAUUUGCACUGAACCAAAACCUCGCAUAGUUUAUGUCAGUGCCCCCUUGCGGAUUGACAAUGCAUUACUCCUUGCAUAUCCUAUAGUAAGACACUGGAAUAGCGAGGACCCUUUUUUCAUACCCUUUGGAAUAAUUCUAGAAAACUCAGACAGUGCAGUGGUCAGUGGCCAUAUCAAUGAACAUAGUGGCGUUCUUAUUCGCAUCAGAGGUAUCCAAGGUGUUAUAGAGAAGGCCAUGGCACUUGAUGAAGUGCAUAAAACCACGGAGUCUGUACCAAUUGGUUCAGUUCAGACUUUUGUAGGAAAAUCAGCUGCGAAACGUGACAAACUGGAACUAUUCGAUUAA